UGCGGUGUCAUGUUUCAAUGUUCUUUUCAUAUCAUUGCAAUCGGUUAAAUACCGCUGGCUUAAUUUUGUUACUUACAAUGGUUGCGAUAUUUUGUUCCUGUUUGAGGAAUAUAAAUGUGAUAUAAAAGUCGUGCAUGUGUAUGUUCAUGAUUUAGUCUGCGUCUUUGCACACGCACAUACUUGUGCAGUACCUGGAAUAUGGUGUAAUAGUGGAUAAUCUUAACUAUUAAAGAAAACGCUGCCAAAACAUGAUGAUAUUUCAAAUAUUCGCUCUUCUUUGCGUCGCUCAAUCAUGUUUAGCAGUGACAGUGAUAAUAAACGAGAAAGAGGUGGACUGCAGUGGAAAUUGUGCUUGCUGUGAAGGAGGAGAAGCUGAAUGUGGUGUUGGCAAAGGAUACACUGAUUAUUGUGUAAAAGGUUGUGUAAGAACAAUAUUUGGACACAGAUGCAAAAAUCCAUGUCCUGGUAACUGCACUACUUGCGAGCAAGAUAACGGCCAUCCGUGUUUAACUUGCAAGGAUUCAUAUUACGAUGUAAAUAAUGAUUGUAGCAAGAGUUGUCCUCUUGGGUGUGAUGGUCCUUGUAAUAAUGACGGAACAUGUAUUACAUGUAUAUCCAACUUUGAAGGAGCUAGAUGCGAUGCAUGCAUACAAGGGAAAUACGGUGAAGAUUGUUCUAUGAAUUGCCAUUACCAGAACUGCCAUUGUACAGAAUUUAAUAUAUGUGAUUCCUGUAAAACAGGAUUUGCUGGUGAGUUUUGCAUGAAAUGUGUAGCUGGAAAAUAUGGAGAAAACUGCACCAUUAGUUGUCCUAACCUAUGCAAGGGUGGAAAUUGUACGAGCGGCGGAGUAUGCAUUGAAUGCAACACUGGCUAUUACGGCGAACAAUGCAACGAUAUGUGCUCUAUGGGUUGUAGCGGUGGGGUUUGUGAUAAAGAUGGGACAUGUGCUUGUACGGAUAAUUUUACAGGUACAAAAUGCAACAAAUGUGUUGAAGACAAAUAUGGGGAUAAUUGUCAACAUGAAUGCAGUGUCGGUUGUUUUACAUUGUCCUGUGGCAAAGAAGACGGAUCAUGCUAUGGUGGAUGUAAAGAUGGAUUCUAUGGCAUGUAUUGUUCUCAGAAUUGUUCUGAUAUUGACAAUGAGUGUUUAAAAUGUAACCAGCUCAAUGGAAUAUGUUCGAUUUGUAACACAGGAUUUUACCGGAAUGAAAGUGGAGAUUGCACUACUUGCAAUAGUAACUGUAAUAAUGGACUGUGUAAUCAUGAAACAGGCAAAUGUAUAAGUGGCUGUGCAGAAGGCUUCUGGGGAGACAAGUGUGACGUCAAUUGUAGUUCUUAUUGUGGAACAUGCCAGCAAGGUUCAGGAGACUGUGAUUCAUGUAAAGACCCAACAGUUCAUGGACUUUAUUGUAACGAAUCAUGCAACUCAUCAUGCUACGAAAACAAGUGUGAUCAAGGUAAUGGUCAUUGUUCGAAUGGAUGUAAUGGGGAUUUUUUCGGCAAUAUGUGUCAGUUUAAUUGCCCUGUAAAUUGUCAGCAACGUGGAGCCGACACGAGAUGUACAGCUGAUGGUAUAUGCAAAUAUAGCUGCGUCGAUGGCUAUGAAGGCGAUGACUGCUCAAGUAAGAAUAUGAUAAAUGUCUUUCCAACUACUAUUCGAAUAUAUAACAAAGAGCAGCUAUUGCUGGAGGAGUUAGUGGUAGCGUCGUAG